AUGACAGUCUCAACCCCCCAAACACCCCUCUCCUUCCGCCCCGCCACACCCUCCGACGUCCCCACCCUCCUCCCCUUAAUCCGCUCCGCCUACCGCGGCGAAUUCUCCCGCAAAGGCUGGACGACGGAAGCGGAUCUAGUCGCAGACCAACGCAUCGACGAGCGCGGUCUGCUCGCCAAGAUCACCGAGCCCGAGGGCGCGGUUCUCAUUGUCACCGAUAACUCCGCCGACGACGCCGUCACCGAGAAGCCGCCCACCCCGCUAGCAUGCUGCGAAGUCGUACGCAGUAAACAGGAUCCCCGAGUAGCGUAUUUCGGCCUUUUCGCCGUCUCGCCUGAGCGGCAGGCUGGCGGGGUGGGGAGGCGGGUGUUGGAGUUUGCGGAGGGGCAUGCGAAGCGGGAAUGGGGAGUGGCGAGGAUGGAGAUGUGUGUGCUUUGGAUGAGGGGGGAACUGAUUGCGUGGUAUGAGAGGAGGGGGUAUGUGAAGACUGGGGAGAGGAGGGAGUUUCCGUACAAGGAGAUGGUUGGGGGUGUUGCGUUGAGGGAUGAUUUGUGGUUUGAGGUUUUGGAGAAAGAGCUGUGA